AUGAGGGUGCUAAUUUCAAUCAUUCACUCUGGACAAACUGAAGAAAAACCAAAAGCCGAAGUAACCAUUAAACCUGCUCAACAUGUAUUCAGAGGAGACACAGCCACUCUCAGAUGUGACAUAAAUGGUGAAGGAGUCACAAAGACUCUCUGGCAUAAAGAAGGUUUGACUAGUGUUUUCAGUGAACUGCAGGAACACACAUUCAGUUCUGUUAAUGAGUCUGACGCAGGUAAAUACACCUGUUAUGGAUCAAACGGAUCAGACUGGUCACAAAUAAGUGAUGCAGUUACACUGACAGUAUCAGAAAGACCAAAACCCAAAGUGACCAUUAAACCUGCUCAACAUGUAUUCAGAGGAGACGCAGUCACUCUCAGAUGUGAUAUAAAUCAUGAAGGCGUCACUAGCUGGAGCUACAGCUGGUAUAAAGAAGGUUCAACCAGUGUUUUCAGUGAUCGACAGGAACACACAUUCAGUCCUGUUAAAAAAUCUUAUGCAGGUAAAUACUCCUGUAAAGGAUCAGAGACAGAAGGAUCACGCUGGUCACAAAUGAGUGAUGCAGUUACACUGAGAGUAUCAGAUCCCAGAGCAGUUUUAAGUGUUUCUCCACAGAAGUGGUUGACUGAAGGAGAUCCAGUGACUCUGAUCUGUGAGGUUUACAGUUUCUCUACAGGCUGGACAUUCAGCUGGUUCACUUUAACUGUCUCAGCAGAUAACAGCCAUCAUUAUAAUCUGCUCUCAGACAGCAGCAGAGGAGCAGGAGGAAACUACACUGUCAGUUCUGCUGCUCUAAAUCACACAGGAGUUUAUUCGUGCAGAGCAGAGAGAGAGAAACCAGCCUAUAAAACACAGUACAGCAACACACAGCUGCUGUGGGUCACUGGUGUUUCUCCUCCAGUCUCUCUGAUCGUCGGUUCCAGCAGAACUCAACACUUUACAUCUGUCUCUCUCUCUCUGAGCUGUGAGGACCAGAGUAACUCUGAUAGAUGGAGAGUGAGAAGAUACACUGACGGUGGACGGCUGGAAGAUUGUUCAUCAUUACAUCGAGGAUCACAAACAGGAUCUACAUGUACAAUCAGCUCCACCAACACAUCAGACACUGGAGUGUACUGGUGUGAGUCUGAAUCUGAAGCUAAAUAUCACUCUGUUAAUAUCACUGUACACUUAUCUGGUGUGAUUCUGGAGAGUCCUGUUCAUCCUGUGACUGAAGGAGAUCAUCUGAUUCUACACUGUUUAUAUCAACAUACAACCUCACCAAACCUCAGAGCUGAUUUCUAUAAAGAUGGAUCACUCAUCCAGAAUCAAACUACAGAGAUGAGCAUUACUACUGUCUCAAAGUCACAUGAGGGUUUCUAUUACUGCAAACACCCAGAGAGAGGAGAGUCACCCAAGAGCUGGAUCUCAGUCAGAGUGUUUCAUUCAGAAUCUCAGAUCUGUUUCCUCAACAUACUCAGUUCUGUUCUGACAGUUUGUCCAUAUCUGCUAGUGACAGUCAUGCUGAUUUUCAAAUGCGGCAGAAUGAGAGGUAAAACAUGACUGAUUUGUUAUAAGUUAU